AUGGCAUGCUGCUGUGCUCUGUUGCUAAAAGGCUGGGAUUACCACGUGGGACUUGGCUUAGACUGCUUCCAGGCCAGAGCUAGUCCAGGAGCACAGCAUCAUACUCUGACAUACCUGCAACAGCAACUGGAAAACCUGGACGCAUUUCUUUGUGUCCUAGGAGUGGGCAAUGUCUGUGACAAGUCCAUGUGCUACACAAUCAGGACAAGUGUGAUGUUCUUACAAGCAAUAAGCAAAGGCGAUGACCAGAACCUUGUCUCUGUUUCUCCUGUGGGAGCAACCAAAUUUUUGAAUUCUCCUGUAACCUUGCCAGAAAUGGCAAGUGAAGAAGUGACAUAUGCGGACCUGAGGUUCACGACAUUGGAAAAAUCCCAGGACCAGGAGUUCCAGACUGCCAGAGCGAAAGGAGUGGGCAAUGUCUGUGACAAGUCCAUGUGCUACACAAUCAGGACAAGUGUGAUGUUCUUACAAGCAAUAAGCAAAGGCGAUGACCAGAACCUUGUCUCUGUUUCUCCUGUGGGAGCAACCAAAUUUUUGAAUUCUCCUGUAACCUUGCCAGAAAUGGCAAGUGAAGAAGUGACAUAUGCGGACCUGAGGUUCACGACAUUGGAAAAAUCCCAGGACCGGGAGUUCCAGACUGCCAGAGCGAAAGAUUCCCCCAGUCCAUCUUCGUGUUGGCGACUGGCUACAGUGGUGCUUGGGGUCUUCUGCCUAAGUUCAGUGGUAGCUGCAGGAGUCUUGGCUGCCAGGUUCAACCUGGUGUGCCACCUUGUGCGUGAAAGGGAUGAAAACUUCACCCUGCAAAAGGCAAUUGUGGAAAGCCUCAACCAGCAGCUGGAGCUCCUCCAAGCUCAGAAUUUGAACUUGUCAGAGACUGUAAAGCAACUUGCCACCUCCAGAGGACAUAAAUGUAUCCCUUGUCCUGAGAACUGGCUACAGUAUGGGGACGACUGCUACUACUUUUCAAAGGAAUGGAAAACUUGGCAAGAAAGCAAGGCUCAAUGCUCUGGUCUGGAGUCCAGACUUCUUAAGAUAGAGAGUAAGGAAGAGCUGAUGAAACAGCAGAUAAAGCACAGCCAGAAGAGCUCUUCACUGUGA